AUGUUUCUUCGUGAUCGUUUGAUUUCAGUACCGAUAAACUUCAGUAGAAAGGUAGUUGAUUCAGUAAGCCAUGAUAUUGAAUCAAAUUUACUAGCUCUUCCACCGGAUCUGGCCCAUCUCAACUUUUGUUUGGCUCCGCCAGGACCACGAAUUGUAUGUCUAACAUGCCACUCUGACAACCAAUUAGAAUUAUGCCUGGAUUGCUUUACGCAGGGUCAGCACGAAGAUCACGUCUGGUUUUUAAUCCCCUAUUCUGUCAUUUCCUGCGCCAAUGGCAUACUCUGUCACGCUCACGAGCAGAUGAACGCAGUGACCCUACGUCCAGAUGAUCCAGAGGCCUUUCUACACGCGCGGAUCCCCCGCGAUCUUUACACAAGACUGGUAUUUGCAACUGAAGUACUUCUUUAUCAGGCACACUUGUCGAACAAUGCCCAGGAAGUCUUGAAUUUUAUACUGAAAUAUCCUAUUUACCACGCACUUGUAGCGCAAGUUUGUUGUACUAAACCGACUCUCCCGGGUCUUCUUGAAUACUCAUCUCCACAGACUUCAAUACCUGUUACGCAGUGUGCUCUUAACAAAACAUAUGCACUAUUGGUAUGCACGAUAGUACGCUCACUAGAGGGCUUUUUUCAGCUGAUUGAUCACGGUACUAGUUCAGUUGGACAACUGCAUGAAGCUAUUAAGAGGGGCUAUUCAUUCCUAGAGUUCUAUGUCCUAUACACACACAGUGGUUGCUUGCCACUAGGCCCAGCAAGUGCUGGCGCUAGCACUGAUCUUCAUGCACUGUACUCUAUGCUAGCGUCUGAUAGUACCAGCUUUCCAUGCUUUAUUUUCAAGCUCUGGCCCUUUAUUGUCCUUCCUCUGGUCUUCACUACAAGCGAUUUGAGAGUAUGCAGAGCGCUAUUGUUUGAUGAUGCCUUUUGCUCGGCCCUUCAAUCUGAUUAUUUUUCUGAUUUAUUCUAUACACUUACACGUGAACCAUGCGAAAGCCUGAUGUACCUGAUAGCGACAUAUAAGCUGGGAUGCAGAGCUAUGAAACGCUUUACUAAUCUAGAUCUGGCACAUAUGCAGCUUGUCCAAUCCCUUCUUGUUAGAUGGAUUGUCCUUAUUUUUGGAGGUCCAGAAAAGAGAAACUCGGCGCUCUUGCAUUCCUUUUCUAAUUAUCUUUGUCUAUUUUCCACUGAUUCACUAUCUCAGCAAUAUUUACAAGCUGCAUGCGGUGAUGCACCGCAGAGAGUGACAGUUUUGGAGCAACUGUUCUUCUUGGUCCACGAGGGGAGGUACCUUCCCGUCAAUACGUAUAUGGUUUCUCAACUUGCCAGGGCUAUUCGGGUUUCGGCAGCUCUUCUUCCUCUGGAGAACAGUACCUUUUAUGACUCCGUGAACCAUGAUGUCAUAGAUUCGGUUCUCUUGUAUGUAGAGUUGCUAAGGCUUGUCGGUAACAAACUCACCUUUGUACACAGAAAGGUCUCUGGAGAGCACGCAUCUGCUGCAGACCUGUCUGGACGAAGCUUGGCCUUAAUGGUUGAUAAUGAACGAGCACUGUUUCAUCCCACUUUAAGCGCUGUCCACGCGGUAUUUAUGGCCCGUUCAGGUAAUAUAAUAGAGCUGAUGGACACUACUCUCCGACUCUUACUUAACCAGACUCUUCAUGGUCGCACCAAUCUCUGCGCCUAUGUGUACAAUCACGAACUGAAGGUUGCACGUGGGUGCGCAGGGUAUACGUAUCCAGCAAUUUUUCUAGCAGCAGUUCACAACGCCUAUGAGUAUUCUGCUAACUAUAGAACCAUCUUUAUAGCUGCACAGGCGACAGGAUUGGCCUUGGAUCCACUAUUUGUUAAUAGGUUGAAGACGUGGAGUGGCGUUUCUGAAGAUGGAUAUGCACUGUCUGGGCUUCGGUUUCCCUCUCUGCCGUUGUACUCCUCUCUCCUACAUGCAUGUCUUACUAAAUACUUGGCUAGCUCAUCGGCAGCCACUACAUGGUCCUUUGCUAAAACUAUGCAUGAGCGACUUCUUCUUCGGACUGAUUGCUUCUCGUGGCAGUUUGCAGACGAGCUUCUUCCACCGCCUAUACUUGCCUCUGAUGAAGUUUUUGACAUUGUUAAAAAUCAAGCUGAUACAUUGUUUAGGAUGCCAUAUCAUUGCGAUGAUACCUCGUGUACUAAGGAUUGUCAAUCCGAACGGAUUGCCUCAGUAAUGUUUUUAGAAAUACUUAGUACUCUUAUUGGUAUCUCUCUCGUCUAUAGAAUGGCGUUCGGGGCAUAUGCACGCAACGGCGAAGACGUUACAAUGGUUGCUACCCUCUUUAUCAGUUGUCACAGGCCUAAGCAGAUACAUAUCUGGCACAAGCAUAUCUCGCUACUCCAACUCCUUAUCUUCAUCAUGGUUUCUAAAGCCAGAUACGGUUCUCUUGACAAUAGUCUUUCUAGUUUUUACAACCCUGUUAAUUGUUGUUUGCUAGGUAUUUUAGUGUCGUUUGGACUGAUAUCUCGGGGUUCCAAUAACCUAUAUAUUCAGUCUUCCAGUAUCUUUAACCAGUCAUACCUGCCGCUAUUGACCAUUGAACUCGACAGACGAAGAUUUAUGACACAAACGGCUGAGCUCAUACCUCCGAUUGUAGGUGGAGAACUUGGUAAUGCGCACGCUCUUCAUCCAGAACCCGCUGCACUUUUUUCGUCUCUGUAUGAGGGGGCCCUCAUACUGUUGCUUCAACUUAUUUUCGUGACUCAUAACCCGUACUUGACCGUAGGAAAUACCUAUAUUCAGAGCCUUGUUGCCGUUUAUGUAGCGCUAAAUCGCACCACGUCACCUUCAUCUUUAAUUGUGGAGUUUUCUGGACAGUUCUCAGACACAUCGAUCAUCCUAGAAGCCGUGAAGCUAGUCUGUAGUCCCAAGACACAUGACACGGACUUCUCUGCAGAAGUAAGGCUAACAACUAAUGGCUGGCGUGUCCUGGAGCCUCUAUUGGCCCCGCUGGAGCUCGAUAGGGUGCACUCUGCGUUUAUGGAUUCUGAGGCUCUCCGAGAGCUACGCAUACUUCCAGUGUUGGUAAGUCUACAGUGUAACGAAGAUCUGCUUAGCUGUUUUGCUGGCAGUAAGUAUUUUGCUGACUUAUUAUUUGCCUGCAUUGAUUUGUAUGGUGCAGGAUAUUUACGGCACUGUUGCUUUUUGCAUCUUCUUCGUCUUCUGAUUUGCAUAUCUAAAAGGUGCAUAACGACCCGAUUCCUUGUCCCAACUGCAAACAUCAUCCAGAUGCUUAGCUACGCUCACGGACGUAUAGCAUCUAGCGCAGGACGCCUCCUGUUUGACCCGAUGGCAAGGACUCUUGUAGAGUAUCUUGAGGAAAGCUUCAGGGAGAAUAGUAUAGAAUACUCCUCGAUGCUCUAUGUCCAGGCUUCUGAUUCAGCUACGAAAUUCACAGAAAGAGUAACCAAACGAAAAUCCCCGCAAGCUAUUAAGGUCAAAUUGACGCGCACACUAAGAAAGCUUAUGGCAGAUCACCACAUGAUACACGCAUCUUCCUCGGGAAAGAAGGAGCACCAGAAUACCGGGGUAGAUGCCGCUAUCUGUUGCAUUUGCUUGGAGUCCCUGACCAUUAAUAGAUCACUGGUUUAUAAAACGCAGCUCUGUGCUUUGUCAGAGCUUGAUGUGCAGCUGCUCAACCAAUUACAAGCCGUACCAUUACAAAUCAUUAGGAGCAAUUUUUUGUACAUAGCGUUCCGCAAGCAUGCCUGCCAGUUGGGAGAGACAGUCUCCCACUACCCUCCACGUGUUUGGCCAGAACUAUCAGUAUUUGAUCUUAAUCCUCACACAGGAAACACCAGCUCACAUAUUUCCCAUCACAGCACAGGCUAUACAUACUUGCUAGACAUUACUGCUGACUCUAUUCUAAUACCGUACGUUGAGCAGUUAGCAGAGGAGGAGCACGCAGGAAUCAUCAUAUCUGUUUUUACAACGUCGAGCACAGAGCUCUUCUCGUUGCUCUCAGCAUCUUGUGCGCACAUCCAGCACGUGUCGUGUAUGCUACGUAACGAUGAGUCUGAAGUUGCGGAGUCGCUAGUUUGUCCCGUUUGCUCCUUUCCAUACAUCACCGGAAUACCUCUAUUUCACGAUAUUCUUGUACAGCCGAGCAUAUUCUGGUCCAGCUCUAACUAUAAGAUGCAUAACUUCAUUCUGGUAGAGCUUGUUUUCCCACUAUUAAUCAGAAUAUUGCAUGUUGCUCAUUCAAACCACGGUACCAAGAGAUUCUUUCCAAAUACAGAUGAGUUGAAGGCGGUGUUAUCAUCUGAUCCCUUUCUUUUAGGUAUGAUUCUUUUUCUUAUUCAUUUUAUAGAUUGCAAUCUACAAUCUCUAUUAUUUUUACCAAAGUGUCAGGAAAUGUGUGCAGAGCCGUCUCUUCCACAGUUGUUUCUUAGAGUAAUCUCAGACGUGUCUCGCAUAUUCGCUGUUCUGCUGUAUUUGCUACAAUAUAUUUGGAUUUUUGAUACAAGGAUAGGCAAGAGGCCGUUUGUACAAGCCGUGAACGAGUGCCUAGUGCAACUAGGCGAAAGGGCCGUCUUGUCUAUGCGUAUCAUCUGGGAGAUGGCCGUGGACGUCAGCAAGGAGCUUCAGCGGUUGGGAGAGCAAGCAAUUACACCCAACAUGGAAGACUUGUCGCAGUGCCUUACGUGUACCUUGGAGAGACUUACUGGCAACCUACUAAGUAUAGGAUCCAUUCGUAAUUAUACAGAGGCAACAGCCAUUUCCUACAGUUUGAUUUUGGUCUGUCUGGAAGCGGCUAUAUAUGAAGCUCUUUGUCCAGAGCAGUCUUCCAAUGCACGUGCGUAUUCUCUCAAGCGCAACAUACAGAGCUACUUGAACGGAGGCCAGCCCAUGGCUUUGAAUACGACCUUCAGCACAGAGGCAUGCAGCUUCCAGACCCAUGUAGUCCGAAUUGCGAUGAAGAACACUACAAGUACAAUAUCGACAACAAUAAAACCCACAACGUUUAAUCUCCUGUGUCCUCUAGCACUAGCAGAUACAGCUUUUCAGCGCCUGAAGCUCGCAUACUUUAGUCUGGGUCGGAAUAAGUUCUUUCUCGAUUCAACAGAAGGCAGAGUCUGCAUAUACUGUGGACUUCCAAUAAGUGACGAGCGGGAGGAUCUAUUUGUUGCUGAUAAAUUGGUGGAAGAUGGGCUCUGUCAGUGCUGGAGCAAUGAGUUUUUCGAAUCACCGUUCUGUGCUAGCCGCUACGCAAGACUAGAAAAGGAAAGCUAUGUUCUAGAACCGUAUGAAGAUGGGUUUGGAUUUGUAGCUCCAGGAGGAGGGUGUUUUAUGCGGCUGAAUCGCAGGCGCUUAUCGAUUCAGAUAUUAUCUCUAAUUUAUGGUGGUCUAUUAAAGGACUAUUAG